CUGUCGGCAAAGCAUAGUCAUCGAGUCGCGUGCCUGUACUACACCAACUUGGAUUGUUGCUUCUUCUGAGCGACGUAUGCAGCACUAGGCGCUCUGCACGAUAUAUUCUAGGCAGCUAGUUGAUCAGUAUGAUCAAGCAGGAGAAACCGAUGAACGUCGAGGACGUAUACACUUUGCGUAUACCGCAGUGGGCAGUUUCACAAUACUGAUCGGUCUACGGCGUUCUGGAACGGGGUCUUGCACUGUUGGGGCCAAAACGGCUGACCCUCCCGAUCUUCGCUCCCGUCUCCUGCUGCUAGCUUGGGAUGAAUCUCUACCUCGUUCCCAAUGAUCCAGAGGUCAUGACACUCGUCUCCUCCAAUGGCAUCGCGCACUACCAGGUCACGACCUCGAAGCCGCAGGCAUUCGGGACUCCGGCUGUCUCGCGGAUAAAGCGGCCAGCAGAGACGGAGAACGACAGCAUCGUCGCUGAGAUUGAGUGGCGACGAUGGGGCGCACAUCCUAUUGUACGCAGCAAUGUCUUUGAUGGGUCUGUCCAAGAGCUCCAAGUGAAGGAAUUGCUGUACAAGCUCGGGAGCAGGUGGAGCCCGACGCGUUAUUUCCUUGGCAAUGACGAUGAGGUCUACCGCUGGAAGGUCGUCAAAGGCAUCGGACCCAUCCUCACCAACUACAACACGGGGAAGGAGGUGGCCCGCUUCAAGCAGAAUCUCGUUGAAGAGGGCUUCUUCCGCGGCGAGAGAAAGUGGCAUCUACAGGUCCAACCAUCUUCCCUCGAUAUCGACAUGGUCGUUAUUACCUUCAUGAUUAUGGAGAAGAAGCGGCGUGAUCGCGUGGCGGAUCCUCAUGCCGUACGCGCCUUGGACCAUGACGAAGACCCUGGCGAGGGUGGAGGAACCGAGUGCGGGUGAUGUUUCUUUUUCUCUUUUGGGAUUUAGGGGGAAAUUGGGGUAUAUGGUAUUGACAAAUUUUGACGGGGUAUCACGUCUUUGGACGUUUUCUCUCUUGCUUCGAUGCGAGGACAAAACAUUCGCAUGUUGUCUUCUCCAUGACAAAAAUACCAAGGGCCAUGUGACCGCGUUCUCACUUGCCGACAUAACCCCGGACCCGCGCUAUCUCGAUCUGGUUUACGAUGCCUGGCACAUAGUAUAUACUUCGCC